UCCAUUGGAUCAUUGAACGCACCUCAAUGUCAUUCAACUAGAGACUGCCUCCUAGGAAUACGACAGAGCGAUCCGCUCGCCGAGCACCGCUCUUCUCCUCUUCCCUCCCCCCAGGAUCAGGAUCUGGUGGAGUAGACGAAUACGUCUAGUCCCCCGUCCUGAACUGGUUACUGCGCCUCCCCUUCUCAAGAUGCCGUCCUUCUUCGUCCCAGGCCACCACGGCCUGCCUACGCCUCCCCAUGUCAACGGUGGUCGUAUGGAAGACCCAUCAUUCUACCCAGUUGGUCACGCAGGGUUUCCCGCCUCGCUACCACCAAAGUGGCAAUGAGUUCAUCGAACAGUACUCGCAGUCUCUGUGCUACGCCAAACCCACUUCGAUGAAUCUCCACCCCCAGUCCGCCCAUCUGAUGAACACUGCUCGCGAUCAUCACAUGAUGAACCAGCAGCCCAUGUUCAACCCCAUGGUUGGCACUGGAUUGCCCUCAAUCCGCAGCAACGUCCAACUUCCGCCCAUGGAUGCUACGAUGCCGCCUCAAUACCGUCGACAGGAAGCCGCCCCGAUGCAACAACAGCCCGAACAACCCCGUAAGGAGGAGAAGGCAACUGGAGGUGUUGCAGCUCACCUGGAUUAUGAGAUGGAUCGCAUGUCCGACUUUGUGGCAGAGAUGGCUCAGGGAAUGAUCUUCGGUUCCCCCCAGUUUCGGAAAUACGUCUUUCAGAUUUUGUCCUCGACACGCCUCCCAAGUUCUACCAUUCUGCUCGGUCUCUUCUAUUUGGCCAGCCGUGUGCGCCUAUUGUCAUCCAAACGCGCCUUCACCAAGACAGACAGUAGCCAGGUCUAUCGCAUGUUGACUGUGGCUCUUCUGUUGGGCAGCAAGUUCCUCGAUGACAAUACCUUCCAGAAUAAAUCCUGGGCUGAGGUUAGCAACAUCCCCGUUGCUGAGUUGAACCACAUGGAAUUGGAAUGGCUUUUCGCGUUCGACUGGAAGAUUCACGACCGCAUCUACGACAAGCAGGAUGGUUUCGCCUCGUGGCGCGCGCACUGGGAUACCUGGCGGACCAAGGCAACGGCUCGGGUUCAGGAGUCCCGCCAGACUCUGGCGCCUCUUGAGACCAACGUGGUCCGCGGCCAGGCUGUUACCAAGCCCCUUAUGUCUCCCGAAGGCCCUAUCCCGCCGCAGUACCAGCGCAGCUCGCAAAUUGAGAACUCCUGGCUCAACCCGACCGCGUCCGAAUAUUCGCCUCCCUCUACCCUUUCUAGCGGCCCCACUACCCCUGACUACUACUCAGUUGGCCCUUGGGGUUACGCCAACCCACCUCCGCCUCCGCCCUACUCGCGAGGCUGGAACGUACCCUCACAGUACAUGGCUCACCCUGCAUCUCGAUCCCAGCCCCCAUCCUACCACCACACUCCGGCGUACGGCUUGCCAUUCGCACAGAGUCUCUGGACGGGUCAUGGUUCGUCGUGCGGCUGCACGUACUGUGCUAAGCAUCUCGAGCACUACAUGUGCAACAAUGCAUUCCACUCCAUGCAACAGCCGAUGAUCGCAACCUAG